UCACUGACUCUUAAGAGUCGCUGCGCUCAGAUUAUAUUCUCUCCCUAAAGACCCUUCUGGACUGAGGAGCGAGGCGAUAGAGUGGUUUCUGUCUCACAUUUCCUCCGAUUCUUCAGCCAGAGCGAGAUAUUCACAUGGAGUUUGGAUGUUGGCAUUGGGCGAAUCCGUUCGGUUUUGUGAUGGUUGGAGCUUUUGUUGAUUGCUUCUGAUCGCAGUUUGUCGGUGUUUUGCAGUUGAAUUUCUGUGGACAAAUUAGUACCCUUGUUUCUGAAAUCAUGGUUCUGGGACUAAAGACAAAGAAAUGGAAAAGCCCCACGGUUCACCUUGAUUAUACGAUUCAUAUUCAGGAGGUUAAACCUUGGCCCCCAUCUCAGUCGCUGAGAACACUCCGUUCCGUGCUAAUUCAGUGGGAACACGGUGAACGGAAUUCUGGCUCCACCAAUUCAGUUGUCCCUUUGCUUGGGUCUGGUAUUGGCGAUGGAAAAAUUGAAUUUAACGAGUCCUUUAGGCUUCCAGUGACACUGGUAAGGGAAAUUCCUGCUAAAAGCGGUGAUGGUGAUACUUUUCAAAAGAACUGCAUCGAGUUCAAUUUGUAUGAGCUUCGGAGAGAUAAAACAACAAAAGGUCAGUUGUUGGGGACUGCCGUUGUAGACUUGGCAGACUAUGGCAUUGUUAAAGACACUUUGAGUACUAGCGUGCCAAUGAAUUCCAAGCGGAGCUUUAGGAGCACUGCUCAGCCUAUUCUGUUUAUCAAAAUUCAUUCAAUUGAAAAGGUUCGCACAAACACCUCCUCAGCACACAACAUGCAGAAAGAAGCAUCUGUGGAGGGAAAUGGUGGUGGAUCUGUUUCUGCCUUGAUGAAUGAAGAAUAUGCUGAGGAAGCUGAGAUUGCUUCACUCGCUGAUGAUGAUGUUUCUUCUCACUCAUAUUUGGCUGCUUCAUCUGCAGCAUUUGAGGCAAUUGGGAUUUUGUCCCCACACAGAGAAGAGAAGCAUAGCCCAGGAGAGGCUGACAACCAACAUUACUCAACAUCAAAGCAGGGAUUUGAAGCAAAGCCUGUGAACGAACUACAUGAAAGUUUGAAGGCUAGUUCAUCUUGCUCAUCAUCAACAGACUCAUCUUCAGAUAUGGGGGCCUUAGAAAAUGGCCAUGCUGCUUUGUCUAAUCUUCCCGAUAGACGCUUAUCAUUGAUGCAAAAGAAAAUUGUUGCCCAGAGUGCUCAAACUUCAUUAUCAUCUACAUCUUAUGAAGGUACAGAGGAACAGGUAGACACUAGCAUGGCAAAUAAAGACCAUGAUGAUAUUGUACAGGUUGAAAAGUUUGCUAAGGGUGAAACUGAGAUUAGCAGCAAUACUCUGCAAGGAUCUCAAAUGGACAAACUGAAUAAUUCUUUAACCAAAGUAGUGGUCCCAGAUGACCAGAUGGAUGACAGCCUAGCCAUCCCCAUUGAACAUCAAUCUGAUGGAGAGGAUAGUGACAAGGUUUGGAGUUGGAGCACAGAAGCCAAGUAUGAAGGCCCAGGUGCUAAUCUUAUUCAUAAUGGUUCUGUUAAAGACAUACACAUCAACGAAGAGCAAGAAAAUGGAGCAGCAAUGCUGCACGAUGGACAGCAGUCUAUAGAAGAUGAAUUGUGGAAUGGUUCACAAGAUGGCACAAGAAAGCAAGUCCCAUCAGGCAAUGAUGCAUAUUCAUUUGCCGGGGAUAAUCUUGGAUUAAAGAAUAAUAUCGUAAACAGUGAUAGAUUGAAGCACGUGAAGUCUGUGCGGUCACCUGUGGACUCAGGUAGGGGCAAUGGGUUGGUCAGAAAGGGUAUGUCAGGAGAUGCUCAAAGUGGCCGAGGCUCUGUUACAUAUGAAAAAAAAGACACUAAAACUCCCAAAGAGACAAGAAACAUCACUUCUGAUGUCAGAAUCCAGCAACUGGAACAGAGAACAAAGAUGCUUGAAGGAGAAUUGAGAGAAGUUGCUGCUCUUGAGGCUGGUCUCUACUCAGUUGUUGCAGAGCAUGGAAGCUCCACUAAUAAGGUCCAUGCUCCGGCUCGGCGCCUUUCUAGGUUCUAUCUUCAUGCUUGCAAAGAGAAUACCCAAUCAAGGAGAGCAAGUGCAGCUAGAAGUGCUGUCUCAGGAUUGGUUCUGGUUGCAAAAGCAUGUGGAAAUGAUGUUCCAAGGUUGACCUUUUGGUUGUCAAAUUCUGUUGUACUGAGAGCCAUCAUCAGCCAAGCCUUUACAGAACAGCAACUACCGCUUUCUGCUAGACCUUCUGUUGAAAGUCCUGGUAGUGGGAAGAGAUAUGACAGGAAAUUAUCCCCACUUAAAUGGAAGGAGCCCUCUCCAAGCAAGGGAAAUAAAGGUGCUUUAUAUGAAAGCUUUGAUGACUGGAAAGACCCUCAUACAUUUAUAUCUGCCCUGGAAAAGAUUGAAGCUUGGAUCUUCUCACGGAUCAUUGAGUCUGUCUGGUGGCAGACACUGACUCCACACAUGCAAUCUGCUGCAGCAAAAGCAAUAAAUAGAGGUAUGGCUUUUGAUGCAAGUAAAACUUAUCAGAGGACAUCUAGUUCAGGUGAUCAUGAUCAGGUACAUUUCUCGUUAGAGCUCUGGAAGAGGGCUUUCAAGGAUGCCUGUGAACGGCUUUGCCCCAUUAGAGCUGGGGGACAUGAAUGUGGCUGCUUACCCAUACUAGCUAGAUUGAUCAUGGAGCAAUGCGUGGCUAGAUUGGAUGUGGCAAUGUUCAAUGCUAUUCUUCGUGAAUCUGCUGAUGAGAUUCCAACUGAUCCUGUAUCUGACCCCAUUAGUGAUGCCAAGGUUCUCCCAGUUCCGACAGGGAAAGCAAGCUUUGGGGCUGGCGCACAACUUAAAAAUGCGGUUGGUAAUUGGUCUAGGUGGCUUACUGACCUGUUUGGAAUUGAUGAUGAUGACUCUCUCGAAGGCAAGUAUGAUGAUGAUGAUAGCAGCAAGAGCAAAGACUGUGAUAUGUCCUCUAAGUGUUUCCAUCUUUUAAAUGCAUUAAGCGACCUCAUGAUGCUUCCAAAGGACAUGCUCUUAAGUAGGUCAAUCAGAAAAGAGGUCUGUCCUACAUUUGGUGCACCACUCAUCAAGAGGGUACUUGACAAUUUUGUCCCUGACGAAUUUUGCCCAGACCCAAUUCCCGAGGAUGUGCUUGAAGCUCUGGAUUCUGAGGAUGCUGAUGAGGAAGGAGAAGGUUUUAUCACAGCCUUUCCAUGCAAUGCAGCUCCAAUAGUGUAUUUGCCACCUCCAGCAGCUUCAGUGGCCAGUAUCAUUGGAGAGAUUGGAAGCCAACCCCAGCUGAGAAGAAGUGGCUCCACGGUGCUCAAGAAAUCAUACACCAGUGAUGACGAGCUCGAUGAAUUGGGUUCACCCUUGACUGCAAUAAUUGACAGUUUCCAGGCCUCACCUACUUCAAUAAAACCCAGCUGGAUCUCAAAGCAAAAUGGCAACCGAAAUGCCGUCAGAUAUCAUCUCCUUCGAGAGGUAUGGAUGAACAGUGAAUAGCAGUAAUAGACUUGGACAAUUUUGGAUCAUCUGUAGUUUAUCUAUCCAUCGAUAGUCCUUGGAAAGGGCAAAUGCAGUUAUAAUAUGCUGCCUAAAUAUAUAUGGGGUAUGUUACAUAUAAAUAUAUGUUAAUAAUCAGAAUCACCUUUCUUUUUCUUCUCCUGGGUGGUGGGGGGGAAUGGGGAGAUAGAUAGGGGCCAGAGGGGCUGAAUGGUCUUUUUGAGUUGUAAAGUUGUGACCUGUGAUGCUUGCCUUCUUGUCUGUAGUGUUGGGUGUACAUAAGAAUGAAACUGCGGGUUUGGAAAGGAUAUUUUCCUGUCAUGUUGCGGAACGCAGUGCAGAUGAGUUUUGCAGGUUG